UUACAUUUAACAUUACCGACGGCGGUGAACUCGAGAAGGAAUUUUGCGAUUUGCCGGAGAAGACAGAUGGCGAGAUCGUGCUCUAUCUGGACCCCCGUUUUGAUCUCACUUUCUCCGAUCACCGGCGAUUCAGCUAAAGUUUCCCGGCGACGGGUGAUUUUAGCCACAAGUGUAGGUUCUCCUCAGCCUUUGCUUGAAGCAAAUAUUAAAGAACCGCAGAAGCUUCAAGUCCUUGAUUCCACAGAUGUUUCCAGAAGAAACACUUUACUGUAUCUAACGGCUGGAGUUCUUUGUGGGGCUAACUUUCUCAAUGGUGAAGCUGCAGAAGCUCGAGUAGGGAGGAAGGAGAACAGGAGGAAAGCUUUAGAGAAGCUGAGAGGGAAGGCGAAAGAGUCUGAGCCCAAGUCAGGAGACGGUAAGAAGGAGAAAGAGUUAGACGCUGAAAUAUUUCCUCUUCUUCCUCCACCUCUCCAACCACAAGCCCUUGGACCUCUGACUGAAGCAAGCUUGUUGCCAUGAAAGCUAUCUCUUCUACUUUACACAAUGUUCUGUGUUUAAGUAUCCUAGAAUUGAAAAAAUAUGUAACCAAGAAAAACUUGAAAAUUCGAAUGCUUAAGUGUUCUUGUUCAGUUGUUCAAAAAAAAAAGGUGAUCUUGUCCAUGUUUGUGAUCGGCCUUUUCAUCCUGAAGCUCCAGACCAAUAGUAAGCGAAACCAAGUUCUAUCAACACAUAUAGUCAAAUUUUGGAACAUCCACAUUUGUGAUAUCUCAUCAAGUUUC